AUGGACCCAAAAGUCCCUCUUUGCCGUUUGUUUGUCUUGAACUUGAUACAUUUAGACUCUCAGGAUGCCGCUUUACUGGCCCAAUUUGCUGCUGCCGCGGGCUCUGGAAUGGAAUUUGAUCAACCUUAUUCGACAAUGAUUCUACCGGACCACUUCCCAUCUAUGGGUCCCGCCCCAGAUUUCUAUCCCCCUUACUUCCACCACGGUAACAUGGCGCACCCCCAACUUCCUCCUCUUUCGUCGCUGGAUUUUCCUUGGCAUCAACUCCCCCCACCACCUCUGCCACAACCCCCUCCGCCUCAUCAACACCCUGGUCCCAGUCACUAUCAACCCCAACGAGGGACGCCCUACAUCGACCCACGAUACGGGGCAGUGCCACCACACAGCGCCGGGACCAGCAGCGACCCCGGGGGGACGUUGCAGAGCCAAUCCCAGGCGUCAUCAUCACAUACCGCUAGUUCUCCUGAAGUGGAGCAGACGGAAGCCGAUCCUGCUGCAAUGUCGGAUGAAAAGCGUCGAAGAAAUACUGCUGCUUCAGCGCGGUUCAGGAUCAAGAAGAAGCAGAAGACGAUAAACCUUGAGCGGUCGGUGUCAGAUUUGACAGGCCGUGCCGAGGAACUAGAGCGCGAGGUAACUGACCUCAGGCGCGAGAAUGGAUGGUUGAAGGAGAUUGUUAUGCUGAAGGGCACGCGAUUUACUUCAGCUAACCUCUCUCAACGCCUAGCAUCAAGCAGCGGUGAUGGUCCUGGCCAGUCUGGUUCAAGUUCUCGGGCUGAGGAUGUCUCUGAAUUCUCGUCGUCAUCGGAUGAAGAACAGGACAGCAAGAAGAAGAAAGGGAAGGGGAAAAAGCCAAGUCGAGGUUAG